AUGAAGAAGAGAGAAAUCGUUGACACAAUGGAAUACAUAAAGGAGAACAACAGCACCAUGUCAAAUUACAGCUUGAUUGACAACCACAGAGAACUGAGGAAAAUGAAGUCUGAAUUAGAGGUUGAUAUGAAAAACUGUGAAUAUUCAGUAAGGUUCAAUAGAGGAGAAAUGAACGAUGACUUACUUGAGUCUUUGGUUGGAAGAAAUGUGGAUUUAGAUAAUAUUGGGCUGAGUCAAAUAAACUCAUUUCAAUUCGGAAAUAAUACAAUAUCUGUGUUGGAGACAUUCAAUGAAGACCAAAGUUACAUAAGGGAAUAUAAAUCAGAAUUUGCAGAAAUAGUAAACAAGGAAGGAAGAAAAAAAGGUAGACUUACUGAAACUUUUAAUGACAUGUGCAUGAAUGAUAACGGGGAUAUUUACUUGACUCAUUAUUCAAAAAUGUCCAUCAGCUGUCUGUCACCAUCAACGCCAGCCUCUAAAGUCAUCAGUACAGUUCCACUAAGACCAAGAGGAAUUUGUCAGUCACUGGACGGUGGACUACUGGUCACCUUGGCAGACAAUGAAUCAGAAGAUUACAAAUUAGAUUCAUACAGCAGACGACUGGUGAGACACAUCACAGUGACAGGUGAUGUCAUCCAUGAGUAUGAGUACCAGGAGGACGGUCAGACCAGACUUCUUACAAUGCCAUUAGGUAUCACACAAAACAGGAACAGUGAUAUCUGUGUUGUGAACCUGACAAGUGACUCUACAGGUGAACUAGUAAUUAUUUCUUCCUCUGGUGGCAUGAAGUCUGUCUAUCGUGGACAAAACCUAAUGAAAAAAUUUAACCCAACUGAUGUAGUGUGUGAUUCCCUCUGUAACAUCCUUGUUACUGACUCGCGUAACAAUCGGAUACAUCUGCUGAGUCCUGACGGGGAGUUCCUGAAGUUUUUGCUGACAAAAAAUGAAGUGAAUUAUCCAUUCUCACUGUCCCUAUUCAAAUCUACACUGUGGGUGGGAUACAUGGAAGGUCUUAUUGAAGUUUUUCAAUACAGGAUGUAA